AUGUCGAAGAUCGCACCAGCGCCGGCGCCCGUAUCAAGCAGCAGCUCGUUGGGCAACAGAUCCACACCUAUAGCGCCUGCUCCAUCGCACAGCACCAGAGCGAUUCAGCCCGCCGUCCGUAGCCGCAUCGCCAUCGCCCCUUCUCCUGCACCCUCGCCGAUUUCAGCGCAAAGCAGACAUGCUGCGUCAAAGAGCCUUGGCCGCCCACUGCAGGCAGCUCGACCAACCUCCCAGCGUGUGGCACCUGCCCCACCCUCUCCCGCAACGCCAUCUCAGCCAAUCAAGAUCGCCGUCAGACCAAGCUCUGCCAGCAUCGCUCGUCCCGUCGAUUCGGCCACAAGUAUUAGGCCCACGUCGACUGAAGAUGGCAGCGCUUCAUCGUCUCUCGGUUCUUCCUCUUCGAGUCGCGACACUCCAGUGACCCCAAACGAUGCUGGUGAUCACAUCGCCAGGCGGUCGUCCGCUGCUGUCGAAGAUGACGAAGAGGAGGAGGAUCUUGAUGAAGACGACGAUUACGAUGCGGAAUUGACCAUCACCGAUGCGGUGAUCAAGCGCACCCUUCAACCAAGCAAAGCGUGGGUGCUUCCAGCUCGCGCCAAGCCUGGUCGCAAGCCUAGCGAUGAUGAGCCACCUACAGUGAGUGAUUGCGUUAGAGGUUGUAUGACGGACGGGAACGAACACAUCGGCCCACUGAUCGCUGUCCAUCUUACAUGUAUCGUAGAAGCGAAAAGCGCAGAACAGGGCGUCGCAGAGAGCUUUUCGCGAACGCAAGCAGAACUACAUUACAUCGUUGGAAGCAAAGGUGGCAGCAUACGAGGCUGAGGGAGUCGAGCAUGCCGUCGAGCUGCAGCGCGUGGCAAAGCGGAUGAAGGAGGACAAUGAUGCUUUGAGACGUCACAAUACGGAGCUUCGAGGUCGAGUCGACGUGUUGGAGCGUCAAAUCAAGGCGUUGCUGGAUCAGAAGGGCAAGUCGUCGUCGACGACGUCGACGAUCGGAUGCAAAGCCCCAGAACACGAGUCUGGCGCAUCGUCAGUCAGACUCAAGCGACCCCUCCCUGGUCGCAGCGCCGCAGGCAACAGUGCGGUGGACCGCAACGCCGGCAGAGCUGUUUCUGUCUUGGGCAGCGAUGCUUUAUUCACCAAUCGGCCCAGAAGUGACUCGCGCUCAAGCAUCGUCAGUCAUCAAGGCCGACCGUCACCUUCGGCGUCUUGCUCAACUCUGACAGCGCUCACUUCCCGCGGACCAAGUGAUAGCGUCGCCAAUGCAUCAUCUAAGGAUGUCAGAGUCACGCCAGCAUCUGCUACCCCUUUGCCACCUCCGUCGGAAUCUGUCACAGCUAGUGUAGGCCUCAAUCGUGAUUGCGGCUUCUGCGCCGAUAACGGGCCUUGCCCGUGCAGUGACGAUGUCCUAGACUUGACAGGCGAUGACGAGGAGGAUUUUGCGCAAGCCAAGCAGGAAGCACACGGCGAUGAAGUGCCAAGCAUGGACGUCGAUGUUCCAAACUGUUCUUCGGGCCCAUCUGUGACCAUCAAGCAAGAGCCGAUCGAGGAGAACGAGCCGCGUAUGCCAGAGGCUGCAACCUCCGUGCGGCGGCCUCAAGCCAUCAGUGUGAGCUCUAUGCUCUCUUCGACCUCGGUGGGCGCUCGCCGCAGUGCAAAGCUUUGGCCGACAACACCAGCCUACAGCUCUGGGCAAUCUCCAGCGGCUGUCGCGGCGCCUCUCGCGCUCCGAGCAGCACCCCCGAAGCCACGUCUGUGGACAACCACCAGUUCUGCUGCGCAUCCUCCUACCGGCACCUCCUUCUUUCCAGCGCCACCUUCUGUCAGCCGCACUUCGACUGCCGCUGCCGCGUCGCCCGUGUUCCGCCUGCGUACUGGGAGUGCAAGUCAGGCAUUCAGCAAUGUUUGUUCGGGCGAUCCGGCCAACUGCGGGGCUUGCUCCACAGACCCAGCCUUGGCAGCAUUCUGCGAAGCCGUAUCUCAGAACGCAAUGACACCCAGCGGAGCUGAGCUAGGCACGGUCGUCUUGGAUGCCGGCAAUUCCGUGCCCUUGCGCAACAUGCGUAGCACGCAUGUCGCCGCGAACGUCCUACCUAUCAGUUCCAAGCAACAGCGCUCUGUCCUCUGGCACACCGUGAGCGGAUCACUUGUGCCCAAGCAUUCGGAAGGACGCAACACCACGGCUCUCAAUCAUGGCAAUCACGCACUGCCUGGAGGUCCUCGGUCCGCACCACUGCCGUCGCACCGCGCUCACUCCCACAACGCCGCGCUUGGACAGCAAAGCAUUCCGGAAGCAUGGAACCAGAUUCGAUCGCAUCCGCGCUUUCAAUCGUGGGGAGGAGGCCUAGCGUUGCUAGCCGAUGUCGUCUCGGGAAGGGCUAGCGGAGCGCGCGCCAAUGAGCCCUCUCAGCAGUCGACAUCUGGCUUGUCGACCAAUACGCGCCCAGACAAUACCAGGCGAGCGUCGCGAUACCAUCCAUCCAAUGAUCGAGGAGUGCGCCACCCGAGCGUAGAGAUCGAACAGGCCGACCGAUCGAGUAGCAGCAUCAGAUCUUUGGUGCGUGGUCCAGAGUCUAGCACGCGUGGGGAAGAAUCGAGCAGUCGGCCGCGCCUUUCUCCCCAGUCGCCGACCUCGCCAACGUCUCCGUCGAAUGCCAUCUCAAGUACGGACGAUCGUCGAUCAGCUCUGUCGACGCCUCUGCGCCUUGCGGCCCCGGACACGACCACCCCGCCGGAGCGAUCAGAAGGGAAUCCAACGGAGAAAGCGCGAGAGAGGAGCGUCGAGGAGGAUAACGAGGAGCGUGUAAAGAGACGUCGAUUGUGGGUCGAUAGCGAUCGGGUGGAGCAAGCUUUGGCCAUGCUUGAUCGUGCAGGUGGACAAACUACUCCCGCAGCCACUUCGAGCGAGACGGCUGCGGAGGCGGCCUCUGCGGCUUGCCCCUGCCCUUGGUCCCGAUGA